UAUGGCUACGUGCUGCGCUUCGAUUGUACCUAUGGAAUCACGCCUUGAGACUCAAUAUCAGAAACCGAGUGAUUGUAAAAAUGGACCGCAAGAUCUGGUUCAUGAAAUAUUUGAUAUAUCCAGUUUAAAAUGUACAAGGUGCAGCCGUCCAUUUCCUGAACAAAUUGCCAGCAGCGAUAAGUUAAGAUGUGUCUGUGGGCCCGGCUAUAAGUACAAAAAGAACUUUAAUAAUCUGAAUAUUGAGUGUGAAAAGUGUCCUGGAACUGACAUAGCAUCUUUUUCUGGUUGGGAAUGUGUAAAUUGUGCUGUCAACCCAAAGGCAGAAGAAUGUCUAUGCCCCAAAGAAGAUAGAAAAAUAACGGUAGAGAAAACAAUAACAGGAGAAUUUUUUGACAACAAGAACGAUAGAUCUUGUAAAACUUGUGCAGACCAAACUCGGCCAGAUAAUACUGGAAAGAAAUGCGAAAGAUGCACAGAUAUUCUACAAAACGAUUUCACAAGUGACAACAAAAAAACGUGCAAUUGUCCUACAGACAAUCAAGCCAAUGGAGUUUGUAUAGGUUCUGCAGCAGAUAUUCCGGAUCGUGAUACAGCUUUAACGGAAGUAAAAUAUGGAAGUGAGACGAUUUCUUCUAAUUUCUUCGCCUCGAAUAUUUUGUCAGCGGUGGCUUUAUGUUCGGGAAAGUAUGGCAAUUUAACUGCUUGUCAAGUAGUUGGAAAUCUUUGUUCUAUGAUCCUUCAUAAAUUGAACGAUAAUCCUAAUGCAUGUACGGAAUAUGUUAGAUUACGCGGGAAUACUCCAGGAGAAGGAGAUUGGAAAACCAAUUUGCCAAUGUUAUACUAUUCACUCAAAGCUACUGAUGUAUUAACUACUACACAAAUUACAACUUCAUUUACAUUUCCAAACACUCAAAUGCCUUUUAUCGUUACGAAAUAUCAUACCAAUGGAACAUUUCUAGGAAUGGGACCAGUUACUGGUGGUUUACUACAACUAUGUAAGCAACAUAUUUCGUGGUUAGAUGCUGCCUAUAACUUUGGAACGGAUUUUACUCAAACGUGUCAAAUUCCGGUUAAGGAUCUGCUUGAUUCACCUCAGUACGAAACUAUAUUUUACGACUUAUUUUUAGAAUUCGAAAAGGAAGGAAAGAAAUAUUUAUUCAGCGUUCCAAGUCUUGUUGAAGAUUUUGAAGAUAGUAAUGGUCAAAAACCGAAUACUGGUUCUCAGGAGGAUGAUUGGAAAUUGACUAGACGAUUCUUCUUAGUUGAUAGAGUUAGUGGAUAUGAAGAAAUACGUGUAAAUGAAAAUGAUCAACAAGGUACUGGUCCAGCGUCUCCAUCUUCACAGCAAAAUAAUAAUAGACGGCAAAAGGCAAUUCGAUAUGCUAAGAGUUUAACUUUGACCGUAAGAUUACAAGAUGUAAGCAACAAAGAGGGUAAAAUCUACCCUCCAUUUUUAAAGAUAAAAUAUGAUCAUGUGCUUGAGGAAGACUUCGAAAAUGGAAAAGUCGAAGUCUCUUUCAAUGUCGUUUACGAAAUGAACACAAACUCUUAUAGAACGGGCAUGAGAAUCUCAAUAGCAGUCUUAAGUAGUCUAGCCAUAGUCUAUGCGUUCUUUCAAACUUGGAAUUGUUUUGGAUCUGUUGGAAAUGCAUUGUUUGCGGUAGCUCUAGGAUCAUCAUUCUAUUGGGUUGUCACUUUUAAGAAUCAAAGCGCUGUAACGCUCCUCCCUCCAACCUCAGAUCAAGAAACAACGUUUGUUAUUUGUAUGGUAUUGGCGUUUGUCUUCAAGCUACUCGACCUAUUUCAUUUGAUCUACGUUCAAUCUAGCAUUGAUAUAUUUUGUAUCGAUUGGGAAAGACCAAAGAAAGAGGGUGAAUCGAUAUCAAUCUGGAGAACUUACUUUGUUGCUAACGAAUGGAAUGAGUUACAAACAUUCCGUAAAACUUCGACAACCUUCCAGCUUAUAUUAACUAUCUUCUUCCUCCAUGUAGUUGGUUUUGAAAAUUUAGCUAGUAAAGACCCAAAAAGUAGAUACAAUCCCUCAGACGAAGAUUAUGUUAGUGAAAAUUCAAGAUUAUUCCGUUUUGCCAUAGGUGGCGCUGUCUAUUUGGUCAUUGCCAUCUCUCAAUGGCUUAUUUAUGUAAUAUUUUAUCAACGUUUUAUUGAGGACAAGAUCCGACAAUAUGUAGAUUUUUGUUCUCUAUCUAAUGUUAGUCUGUUUAUACUCGAAAAUGAUUUGUUCGGAUAUUAUAUUCAUGGAAGAUCUCCCCAUGGGCGGGCCGAUGCUACUCUCAAGGAAAUGUAUGAAUUUUUAGAUGCUGAAAGAAACGAUAAAUGCCCAAAAAGGGGUAUAGAUGUAAACGGGGAUCAACAGACAUUCCAAAUAGCAAUUCCAAGAGCUCUGAAAGACGAAUACGACCGCCUAACUCAAGACCUAGCUAAAAGGUUAAAUUCAAUACAAACUAACGAUAAGAACCAGAGGCAAUUUCAAUCGGAUUUAAUGGCUGUGGAGACAUAUACAUCAGUUAAUAAACUACUACAAUCAUUUAUUAGUGGCGAUAGAACGGAUAUAACAUACUCGGGACCACAGCGUAAAACGUUUGUAGAGGGUCUAUUAAACAUCGAAUUGAAUGAUACAACACAUAAUGGCAUAUUUUAUGAGGACGAUGGUCAUUCUUUCGACUCAGUCUUAUUUUUUGGUAACGAAACAACAUUAGUUAUUUUCGAACUAUUGUUAUUUAACCUGGUCGACUUUAUUGCGCGCAAUUUCGUAUUGGCCGCAUUUGUAACCUACAUUGUUAUACACUUAAUCGCUAUGAUAAGAGAAAGUACCAGUAGCUCCAAUUUGGCGAAGAAGACUCUAGUUGACAAACGUUUCCUUAUAUAG